AUGGAUGAAAAGACUCUGAAGCGAAUUGUGAAAAAUGCUGAUGCUGCCGCACUCCAGACGUACAUACGGGAUUGUCGCUCGCCUUUUUCGCAGCCCCUGGAAGCACAGGCGCGAUUUGCAUAUUUCCACCUUUCGCGCGAAGGUGACAAGAGGGCGGCGUCUGGACCAUCGGCGGCGUUUCAUGGCGAAGGGAGGACGGUGGCUCCCUUCGAAGAGUAUCACGGCCCUACCACAACAGUUGUCGUGCGGUCCCAGGAAAAGGGAAGGGUCGUGGAGUGUCAUACCCCGCACCUCCGGCACACAGCGCCUGUCAGUGGAACAGACGGCCGUCGACAAAACCUCUCGGAAUCCACCAGGGUUGUCGAGAGCAGUAGGUGGACCGAGGGCAUUCUUCGCCAUUCUCGAUAUCUGUAUUCUUCAAGCUCUUCGCAUGACUUAUUGCAGCCUCAGCGGAAUACCUCGGUGAGAGCUUCCUAUCACCCUUAUGAUGGAGCAGCAAGGGCGCCACGUCGUUUGUCAAGUUCUUCAGGUUGCGGCAUCAAAGAAAUGGGAGACUUUGGCCUCCAAUGUCACUCGUCGCUUCAAGAGUACGAAUCCAAGAGGUUCUUCCGGGAGUUGCAAAGAGUGGAGAUGGAGGAACGACGUCAAAGAUUAAAGCUCGAAGCUGCUUUUGAAGGGUUUAUUAUGGAUCGGCACCGGGGGUGGCACCUGCUCUUGGAUCGGUUUGCGAGGGAGAAAGGGGAUUUGAUCACAGCCGAGCGCAUUGUGCGUUUUACGAUAAAAGAAGAAGAGCAUUCUCAUUAUAAAGAGAUUUUAACGAAAUGUCUGGAGGAUCUCAUGGGGUGCCGUUGGGACGGUGUGCGCAUGGAAUGUCUACGGAAACAGAUGGCAAACUCACUGGCGAUGCACGAGUGGGUUGUUCUUAAUGGCAUGGCGACGCGGCCACAGGAUUCGCGUCAGGAUAUCGCGGUGGGCACUGAAGGGUGCGCGUCGGAGUUCGGUCAGGUGGAAACGUUUUCUCCAUCCGCACAGAGUGUCGAUGCUCAACGCCACUCCCUGACGCCAAAUUGCGCGACUCUCACACCACACAAUGUCGUUUAUUCGGCGAAAGCAAGUGAACCGUUCCCUCGAGCCAUCCGCUCCAACUCCAGACUUCCCUCACGUCCACGUGUAUUACCACCUGCUGUGCCCCAUGAGGAAUGUAUCGUGAGCUGA